AUGUCUAACCACUACUGUUACCAAGGUUUAAAGGCUUUGGAAUCCACUCCAAAGGAGAAAGAUGACUGCAGCUCGAUGACAAUUGUCAAUCAAGAGAAGAUGCCAGCUUCAAAAGAGCUGGAAUCCAUCACAAAGGAGAACGAUGAGAGCAGCGUGAUGACAGUUGUCAAUCCAGAGAAGAAGCCGGAGGAACCUAUUGAAUCAUACAAAUUACACUGUCAGAACUGCGGUUGUGGCUUUAACUUCUUCUCUAAAUACUGCAAACACGUGUCGUCAUGGAAACACCAAGAGAUGGUGAAUAAAUGUGUUGGCGGAGGUGCUGAUUGUUAUGGCCAACAGGGAUGGGUACCUGAACUGGGCCUCUACUAUAUCCACAACGAGAGCUUGAAGCUAAAACAACCCCUUAUUGGUGUUUCCCUGGUUAUGACGUUUGUCUGCAAUCAGGUUGAGAGCAAACCUUUUUACAUUUGCUUCGCUUGUGAGGAGUGUUUCUCCGAGUCCUCUCUCAGACAACACUUACACUCUACACAACAUCUCGUAAACACGUUGCUGUACCAGAACCCGUGGCGGCUUACUUUUGCUUGGAAGAGUUGCCUUGAUCUUUCUUUUUUGAGAUCAAUGGCAUGGGAAGAGGAGAAGGAAAGAGGAAGAAAUGAGAGAAAGCUGAAGGUAAAAUGCCCAAUAACUCGAACAGAGCUGUGA